AUGACAGGGGCCGGCGGGGGCCGCAGGGCCUGGGGGAGCCUGGUGCUGCUGCUGGACCAGCCCCGAUGGCGGGGCCUGCAGAACUACACCUACUGGGUCCGGUGGGCUGGAGAGGAUGGCAAAGCCGGGACCCAAAACACAUCACACCCCAGUCACACAGUGGAGGGCCUGGCCCCCGCGUCCCGGUAUGAGUUUUCCGUGUGGGCUGAGAAGAAUGGGGUGAACGGCAGCGAAGCGAAUAUCACCCAUUACACAGCCCCCAACAUAGUUGGGGACCUGAAGGUGGUGACCCAGACCUCCACCACCAUCACCCUCAGCUGGACCAGCCCCGAUGACCAGGGCCGGCAGAACUACACCUACUGGGUCCGGUGGGCUGGAGAGGAUGGCAAAGCCGGGACCCAAAACACAUCACACCCCAAUCACACAGUGGAGGGCCUGGGCCCCGCGUCCCGGUAUGAGAUUUCCGUGUGGGCUGAGAAGAACGGGGUGAACGGCAGCGAAGCGAAUAUCACCCAUUACACAGCUCCCAACAAAGUUGGGGACCUGAGUGUGGUGACCCAGACCCCCACCACCAUCACCCUCAGCUGGACCAGCCCCGAUGGCCGGGGCCUGCAGAACUACACCUACUGGGUCCGGUGGGCUGGAGAGGAUGGCAAAGCCGGGACCCAAAACACAUCACACCCCAGUCACACAGUGGAGGGCCUGGCCCCCGUGUCCCGGUAUGAGUUUUCCGUGUGGGCUGAGAAGAACGGGGUGAACGGCAGCGAAGCGAAUAUCACCCAUUACACAGCCCCCAACAUAGUUGGGGACCUGAAGGUGGUGACCCAGACCUCCACCACCAUCACCCUCAGCUGGACCAGCCCCGAUGACCAGGGCCGGCAGAACUACACCUACUGGGUCCGGUGGGCUGGAGAGGAUGGCAAAGCCGGGACCCAAAACACAUCACACCCCAAUCACACAGUGGAGGGCCUGGGCCCCGCGUCCCGGUAUGAGAUUUCCGUGUGGGCUGAGAAGAACGGGGUGAACGGCAGCGAAGCGAAUAUCACCCAUUACACAGCUCCCAACAAAGUUGGGGACCUGAGUGUGGUGACCCAGACCCCCACCACCAUCACCCUCAGCUGGACCAGCCCCGAUGGCCGGGGCCUGCAGAACUACACCUACUGGGUCCGGUGGGCUGGAGAGGAUGGCAAAGCCGGGACCCAAAACACAUCACACCCCAGUCACACAGUGGAGGGCCUGGCCCCCGUGUCCCGGUAUGAGUUUUCCGUGUGGGCUGAGAAGAACGGGGUGAACGGCAGCGAAGCGAAUAUCACCCAUUACACAGCCCCCAACAUAGUUGGGGACCUGAAGGUGGUGACCCAGACCUCCACCACCAUCACCCUCAGCUGGACCAGCCCCGAUGACCAGGGCCGGCAGAACUACACCUACUGGGUCCGGUGGGCUGGAGAGGAUGGCAAAGCCGGGACCCAAAACACAUCACACCCCAAUCACACAGUGGAGGGCCUGGGCCCCGCGUCCCGGUAUGAGAUUUCCGUGUGGGCUGAGAAGAACGGGGUGAACGGCAGCGAAGCGAAUAUCACCCAUUACACAGCCCCCAACAUAGUUGGGGACCUGAGUGUGGUGACCCAGACCCCCACCUCCAUCAACCUCAGCUGGACCAGCCCCGAUGGCCGGGGCCUGCAGAACUACACCUACUGGGUCCAGUGGACUGGAGAGGAUGGCAAAGCCGGGACCCAAAACACAUCACACCCCAAUCACACAGUGGGGGGCCUGGCCCCCGUGUCCCGGUAUGAGUUUUCCGUGUGGGCUGAGAAGAACGGGGUGAACGGCAGCGAAGCGAAUAUCACCCAUUACACAGCUCCCAACCAGGUCACAGGGCUGAGGAACGAGACUCGGAGCAACUACUGGGUCACGCUGCAGUGGGAGGCUCCGGAGGGCCCCCCGGGGCCACGCUACAACUACAUUGUCCAGUGGGCCCUCGACUACCACAACACGACUGAGCUGUCGUACAGGGUGGAGGGCCUGACCCCCGGGACACCGUAUGCCUUCAGUGUGCGCGCUGAGAGCUACGACGUGCUGGGCGCCCCCCACAUCCUGCAGGCGUCCACGGCGCCGGCCCCGGCCAACAUCAUCUCCUGCGACAGCACCCCCUGGGGCUCCGGCGUGGUGCUGGUCUUGUCCUGCCCCCUGGGCGGCUUCGAGGCCUUCCGCCUGGAGGUGGACGGGCGGCACCUGCCCCCGGACCAGGACAACUCCUCCUGCGGCGGGAGAGGCGUGGACGUGUCGGGGCUGCAGCCCGCGCGCCCCUACCAGGCCCGCGUGGCCACCGUGUGGGACGGGGAGCUGGCCUGGUCCGCCGCCGUGACCUGCCACACGGACAGCACAGGGGUCAUCGUGGGCUCCAUUUGCGGGGUCCUGCUGCUCCUCCUGGUGUUCCUGCUGGUUUUCUUCCUGAAGAGGAGGAGCUUCCUUCCCUGGCGCAUGAAGAGUGCGAGGUCGGCUCCCAGGACCCCGGCCUUCAGCUUCCUCACCAACAUCUCCGCCGCCGACUUCGCGGGCCACGUCAAGGAGAACGAGAAGGACAGCAACUGCGGCUUCGCGGAGGAGUACCAGCAAUUGGCCCUGGUAGUGCGGGACCAGCCGCAGACGGUGGCCUCGGCCCCGGAAAACAGCGCCAAGAACCGCUACAGGAACGUCCUGCCCUACGACUGGUCGCGGGUGGCCCUGAAGCCCGUCUCCGGGGAGCCGGGCUCCGACUACAUCAACGCCAGCUUCAUCCCGGGUCUCUCUAGCUCCCAGGAGUUCAUUGCCACCCAGGGGCCCCUGCCCCAGACGGUGGGUGACUUCUGGCGCCUGGUGUGGGAGCAGCAGAGCCGCACGCUGGUUAUGCUGACCAACUGCAUCGAGUCCGGGCGGGUGAAGUGCGAGCACUACUGGCCCCUCGACACCAAGCCCUGUACCCACGGAGACCUGCGGGUGACCCUGACCGGCGAGGAGGUGACGGACAACUGGGCAGUGCGCAGCCUGCAGCUCCGCCAUGUGCGGGAGGAGAAGGAGCUGUUCGUGCGCCAGUUCCAUUACCUGACCUGGCCAGACCACGGCGUGCCCCACGCCCCCGACACUGUGCUGGCCUUCUGGAAGGUGCUCCGGGAGUGGCUGAACCAGAAUGAGAAGGAGGCCAUGGGGGGAGGCCCGCCCAUUGUGCACUGCAGUGCUGGUGUGGGGCGCACGGGCACCCUCAUCGCCCUGGACGUCCUUCUGCGGCAGCUGGAGGGCGAGGGCCUCGUGGGGCCCUUUAACUUUGUGAAGAAAAUGAGGGGGAGCCGACCGCUGAUGGUGCAGACAGAGGCCCAGUACGUCUUCCUGCACCAGUGCAUCCUGCAGUUUCUGCAAGACUCAGCCGCGCACGCGGCCGAGAAGGAGAUCACCUACGAGAACCUGCUGUACGAGAACAUAACCGCCAUCUAGGCCCCCGAGGCCCAGCC